AUGAUCUUAAAAAACGAAUUAAAUUCUUUAACACCACCUGAUGAUCUUAUUAUUCCAUCUGAAUUAACAACAUUUUUAUUUAAAACAUCAUCAAAUAAUAAUAAUAUAACAACAACAACAGAUCAAGUAACACCUUCUUGUUCUUCAACAGUAACAACAACAACAGUAAAUAUUCCAUCAAUAUCGGAUAUAAAUAAAAAAUCUGAACAAAAUAUAGAUUCAACAUCAACUGAUGAACAUUCAAUAGAAAUUAAAAUAGUACCUAAUCUACAAUAUCAAUCACCUUUAUCAUCAGCUGCUGCUACAAUUGUAUUACCAACAACAUUAAUUGAAAGAGAAACUCAACAAUCAUCAAAUUCAUCAAAUGAUCAUUAUGAACAACAACAAAAUCAAUCACUAUCAACAAAUAGAAAUACAUAUGAUGUAACAAUAACACAUUCAAAUAGUUUAAUAUCAGAUUGGACAUCAACUGAUACACCAAAUGUACCAUUACCUGAUGAUGAACUUAUUUAUGAUGAUUUACUUUAUGGUGAAGAUGAUUUAGAUAUAGAAGAUAUGCUUGAAUAUGAAGGUGAAAUACCUGAAGGUUAUCCUAAAGAUUUUUAUUGA